GAUGGGUACUACUUUCGCUAGGGGUUUUCCCCACUUCUGCUUGUUCUGUUUUCUGAAUUUGUAUUUAUUUUGCUGCACUGAUUAGGGAAUAAAGUAAUAAUAAUGAUAAUAAUAACCAAAACAAAUGGCAGCACGUGUAUGGCAUCUGGUUUGUUGUGUUUAAGCGACACUCACUUUCCCCCCUCGGCACACGUGUUAAGUAGUUAGUUAGUCAGCCAGUCAGUUAGUUAGUUACUUAGCUAGUUAGUUGCGCUGCGUCAGCGUCGCAAUUGCGCCGCAAUUGGGCACUAAUGAAAUAUUCUUGAUACGCAUUUAACCCGCGAGGGGGGAGAAUGAAGGAGAAAGAUCCUUAACAACAGAACUAGUAUAUACUAACAAGCAGCCCCAGUCAGAUCCCUCAAAUUUCGAAUUGAAAAUGAAUAUAUUUCUACCGUAUAUCGUACUACUGAUGACUCUCCGCAUAACGAGUGCACGCUCGAUGAGCUUUGACCCGCCUUAUUAUGGAUACGACUCCUACCUGGACACCUAUCUGGACAACACCAGCGAUGAUAUGUCCUCGAAAGAGGUCAAAUGCGAUCGUGAUGGCAAUGCACCGGGUACAGUGGAGCCCCCGCCUUAUCUGGGAUAUCAAACCCAUUCGCCCUACCAGUACAAUCCAUCAUCAUGCGGAAAUAAUAGGGAUAGGGAUCGAGAUAGAGAUAGGGAUCGAAACAGGGAUAGGGAUCGAGAGCGAGAAAGAGAUCGGGAUAACUGCGAUUCCAGUGAAAGCGACACGAACAAAUCCCGGAUGAAGGCCACCCACAUUGCCCAGAAUGCCGCCCAGGUGGCCAAGGCCGCCAAUGAUGCACAGGCGGCGGCCGCCCAAGAUGCCUCCCGCCAGGUGAAAAUGCAAUUGGCCGACAAGGCCAUCUCGGCCGCUCGGGCCGCCGAUGCCGUGCUGGAGGGUAAGCAAGCCAUUGUCAAGAACUUUGGACGGGAGGUCCGGGAGGCCGAGGCCGUUGUGGAGCAGGUGAGCGCUUCUCUGGAGUCCAGUGAAUCUAAUGUGGAUGCCGCCUGUGCUGCAGCCAAGACGGCGGAGGCUCAAGCCCUCGCAUUCAGGGCCAUGGUGGAGCAGACAAGAGCCACCUUGACGGAUGUGGACGGCCUGAUCGAGCGGGCCAACGCGGAUCUGGAGGAGAAGACCCAGAUGCUGACGGCCGCCAAGGCGCGUGGUGACCGAUUGGGCCGCCAGAUGGCGCAGGCGAGGUCGGAAUACGAGCAGGUGAAGGAGGCGGCCUGUCGAGCAGCCUCCGCCGCCGUGGAGGCCAAGCAAAAGGUCUCUUCCAGCAAUUUCCUGCCUGCUGGUGGUGGUGGUGGUCUCCCGCCGCCCCAAAAGACGGGUGGGUGUGGCAGCUAUGGCCACGAUAGUGGCACCUGCCAAGCCCUCCUGGAACUCUACAGGCAGCGUCGCCGGCAACAACAGCGAAAGCGGCGAGAGAAGCUCCGGAAUCGGGCGACUCGAGGUCGAGAAGAGUCCAUCUACGAGGAUCACUCCUUCGAUCUGAUGCGACCUAUAUUUUGAUAGCGACUACCAA